CAAGCUGUAUUCGAUUGGUUUGCUGCGCUCGCACAGGCGUUUGCCUCCUCGUUUGGUCUACUAAAACGCGAACACGUUCGCAAUGUAUAUUGGUUCGUAUUGCGCUGACCGGUUCGACGAUGAAGGAGUGAGCGAGACCUCGUCUGUAGACUGGUUGAAGCAAGACAGUGUUAUCUAUUGUUCUCGCCGGGGUGUCUUCGAGUGGUCGAUAAUGGGCGCGCGAGGGUGGGAGGAUGCAACGCGACGGUAGGCGAUGUGCAGAACAAUGGGUUGCUGCUGCUGCGCGUUCAAUGAAAACUAGAUGGAAUGUUCGCGAUUGGGAUGUUUUUUUUAUUGUUGUCUGAGUUGGAAAGCGAUGCUAUUGAUUGAUCAUCCAAAAAAGUUCUGUCGCCUGUGUCUAAGCAAAGACGAAAAACUGGUCAAAAUACUCGAACAUGAACCGGACGACACACUGGUGCAACAAGUUUAUGAAUGUACUACCGUGAAGAUCACGCUAAAAGCUACCUAUCCAGAUGCAAUUUGUGCAAUGUGCGACCAUAAAAUGAUUGAAUACCGAACAUUUCGCCGCAUGUGUAUCGAAACUGAUGCCACGCUGCGGAAGCUUAUCGAUGGUGACGAAGUGGCCACAGAGAAAGAAGUAACUGCAACCAAACCCGAAGAGCAACCGGCAGACUCACUCGAGUUGAUCGACUCUAGUGAUAUCAAAGAUCUGCAAUUGCAGUUAUAUGGAUCGUCCGAUGAAACCACUCUCAGCCAAGGUGAAUUUAGCCAGCAACCGGAUAAAACUGCUGCCGCAACGGUUGAAGAUUCUGUGGGCAGUGAACGUUCAAGCUCUGCCACGCAGUUGCCUGAAAGCACCGAUGUUACCUCGACCGAUAGCGUUAAGGCAACUGUUGAUGCUGCCGGUGACGAUACAGAGCAAACCCCCAACAGGUCAUCUGUAGCACAAACCCCAACCGUAACACCAAUCAGAACGCCAACUAUUAGCGUGAAACCGAUAUCAAGUUUGGCAUCGUCUUCUUCGUCCCCAGCAACGGCAUCGGCCGCAGUAUCCCCGCUGCCGGCUGUUGACACUACAAAGCAAAGCAUUGACGAAAUUUUAGCAAUAGCAAAUGGCCACAGGGAAACUGAUAAACAGAGUGUCCCAGCGACUGUUGGCGCCGAUGGCCGACUGGAGUGCGUCAUUUGCUCACGACCUUUCCGUAAUACGUACACUUUGAAGCGGCACAUGAAUCUGCACACCGAGCAAAACUUGUACACCUGCGAAUAUUGUGGCAAGAAAUUCAACGAUCGUUCCAACUGGAAAAUACAUCUUCGUGCCCACACCGGUGAAAGCCUGCUCAGAUGUGCCGUUUGUUUCAAAACAUUUAUAUCUCCGUCGACGCUGAAGUACCACCUGCGGGCGCAUCGAAAACUGCAGAUCUACGAAUGUCGGCUAUGUGUCGAAGCAUGCGAAACCUACGAAGCACUGGCGGCACACGUCGUCAUAAAACAUAGCGACAUUCGCCCGGAAGACCUUGCCAAGACGGCUGACGAUGCAUUACUCGCUGGAGACUUUUUGAAAAUCGAAAUGGACGCCGAAGAUAGCAUGCUGGCUGCCGGUAUUGCGGAUCAGGAAGACACACCCGAAGUCUCACCAGCACCACCUCCACUGAUACGGGCUCCUGUUCCGUUGACUCCAGCUGAGGGCCCUCCGCCAGUGGCAAAGACUUCGGAAGAAUCUGGAGUUUCACUUGAAGUGCAAAUCAAGGAAGAAUUGCCCGAUGUUGAUGACAUUGAAAUCAAACAAGAACCGUUAGAGGACGAUACCCUGGAUCCAGAUCCCGAUGGACGGAUCCAACUGAGUUCGAUGCUUCCAGCCGAACCGGAAGAGGAGACGCCACCUGUCAUUCUCUUCCGUUGUGAUUAUUGCAUGAAAAUUUUCAAAUACUUGUACGAGCUGCGUGUACACAUGAAGCUUCACAACGGUACCAAGGCGUUGGCCAAAACGUCGGAAAAGAAAUCAGACGAAAGUUCAUCGACUGCUGCCAGCGCGGGCAAGAAGCGGACCCGCACAUUGCCCGUUGUUGUACAACCGGAAUCACCGGCAACGAAGAAAGUUCGUCAUCCAUCGAUCGACGAGGAUGUCGGAGAGCUGGCCAACGCGCCCCUGCCGGAGCAUAAGUGCAGCAAGUGCGACAAAUGUUUCCGCACCGAAGAACUGCUCAAGGUGCACAUCGAGACUCACAAAGCGGACGAGGACAUAACGCAAGCCCGAAGCUGCAAGGUUUGCUUUAAAACAUUCAAAUGCGAGCUAAAUCUGGUAUCGCAUAUGCGCAAGCAUCACCCUUACGAGACCUUCAUGUCCGAGCAGCAGCUGCAGGCACUAGACGAAAAGCCCCCAUCACCGGACAGCAGCAGCAACGAUGGCAAUCAGUCACAAGCAGAAUCGCAAGAGUCACCUGCAGGUUCAACAACCGAGGCAGGAGCGACUACAGCAACCGAACGAAAGUGUGAAAUAUGCGCCCUCAGUUUUCAGUGUGCCUUCAAACUGGAGAAGCACGUAUUGACCCACUUCCAGAACAACGAAGCAGUUGCGUUCGUGCCAUCGGCCGAUCGGCCUUACAAGUGUACCGAGUGCCAUAAGCGGUUCAAGCGGAAGGACUAUCUGCUGAUUCACAUCCGCACGCACACUGGCGAACGGCGCCAUAAGUGCGACAUGUGCUCCAGCGCGUUCGUUCAUCCGUCGAAUCUGAUCACACACCGCAAGCUGCACUCAAACGAGCGACCAUUCAAGUGUGAUCUUUGUCCGGCUGCCUUUAAACUGUUUGCCGGACUGAAGAUCCACCGGAAACGGUGUGCACUAAAGUAUCUGCAGGAGAACUGUGUCACGUUGACGUAGAGAGUAGGGCGUUCUAAGUAAAGUAUGUUUGACAUAUAAGUUGUUGGUGUAUAACACACCUGCUUCCAAAAUCUGUAUUUUCUAGUUUUUUUUUUCUGUUUGAAUCGGUUCGUGAGUUUAGUUCUUUUCUGUUUAGUAGGAUAUGUGAUGUGUUUUUUUUUUGCGGUCAAACAUCAAUUUUAGCCGAUAGGUUUAAAAAUAUUUCAAACGUAACAUGUUUACAAUACCUGUUUGUCUCGCAGCGAAUAACAUAUUUUCCUUCUAGUUUUACGUUCGUAAAGUUAAGGCUAGCGUUUUUUGUAACAGCUUUGUGCAUUGUAAGCCAGAGAUAUAACAGAGAUUCCGUUCGUAUGUGUUUGCAUGAUAGGCGCAGAGAUGCGAUAGGUAUAUGUGAAAAUAUAUGCAUAUAUAAAAUUUAUAGUAUAUGAAUAACUAAUACAAACUCAUUGUAAUGGCAAUUUCACUGUCAAGCAAUCCGCUAAUUUUUACGUUUUUGUAUUCAGUUUAGAAUCCAAUAAAGUUGAUAAUAUUUUA